CCGGCGUUAAGUUUUCAGCUGUGCCUGUAGCCAUGUUGUCCCUGGCGACUCGGUCCGGUUCUGUGGCACCUUACUUGUCGGCUACAUCAUAUGCCGUGGCCGGGCAGCUUAAACCCCUGGUGUCCGGAGUGGUGCUCCAGGCGGAUAAGGUUCUGCUGGAUGUGAAGAAGCCUUUUCUAUGCAGAGAGUCCUUGAAUGGCCAGGCUCCUAACGGCGGCCUCUCCGCUUCGGCAGGAAUUAAUGGUGCCGCCUGUGUCCGCUUCCUUCAUAGUGAUGUAACUGUGCCGGACUUCUCAGAUUAUCGCAGGCCAGAAGUCUUGGACAGUACAAAAUCAUCUCAAACCAGCAGUGACUCCAGGAAAAGCUUCUCCUAUUUAGUCACUGGAGUUACAGCAGUGGCCACAGCUUAUGCUGCAAAAAAUGCAGUUACUCAAUUUGUCACAAGUAUGAGUGCAUCGGCUGAUGUGCUGGCUAUGUCCAAGAUUGAAAUAAAGUUGUCUGACAUACCAGAAGGCAAGAAUAUGGCAUUCAAGUGGAGAGGAAAACCACUCUUUGUGCGUCACAGAACCGCUAAAGAAAUUGAUCAAGAAGCUCAGGUCAACCUAACUGAUCUAAGGGACCCACAACAUGACCUUGACAGGGUGAAGAAGCCAGAGUGGGUCAUUUUGAUUGGUGUGUGCACUCACCUUGGUUGUGUGCCCAUUGCCAAUGCUGGGGAAUUUGGUGGUUAUUAUUGCCCUUGUCAUGGGUCCCAUUAUGAUGCAUCUGGUAGGAUUCGCAAGGGUCCUGCUCCAUUGAAUCUUGAAGUUCCAGAGUAUGAGUUUCCUUCUGAUGAUUUAGUAAUUGUCGGAUAGACACUUGACUCCUAAAACAAGUAAUCACUUUCUGGAACUGUUAAGCAUAAGUGUCAUUACCUUAACUUUCAAGCAAGGUGCAUUCAGUUUAAUAUGCUUUUAACAUCACUUAUGUGUUAAACAUUUUAAUAAACCUUAAAACUUCA